AUGGGGUGUUGGUUCCUCUUCAUGCUGCCGCUGGCGAUGGCCAACCUCGAGCCAUUUGCCUUGCCACCAGGUUUUGAAGGCACGUGGCAGGGCGUGCCCUACGCAAGCGUGGUGGGGCCUUGGUCGGAGAACUUCACCUUCUCGAUCACACGGAUACCGCAGGGAGACUACUUGUUUCAAGCGAACCUACCUUUCGACGCUUCUCCGGAGUUCAGGCAGUAUUGGAGCUGGCAGCGAUCCUACCUGAGAGUCUCUGGCGAAGAUCGCGGACGCCUGCUGCAUUGCCCAGGGCCCCGGGACCCCAAGCGCUUGCGGGUGGCGAUGAUGCAGGCGCACGCUGUGGGGCCUCGAGAGGUGACCUUCUGCCUGAGGAAGUGGCCCGGCUACAUUGACUCCGAGCACCCUUUCCCUUUCAAAACCCUUGGCUGCUACACCGCUGGCCCAGAAGAGGGCUGCGGCUGCUUCAACUGGACCCUUCGUGUGGACGAGUCCGGCACGACUCUGGACUACCAGGUGUCGAUGGCCGGAUCGCCACUCCGGCAACACUCGAAGCACGUGUGGGCCACCUUGAAGAGAGUUCCCUAUGUGGCAACCGUUGAUCUUCAUUUCCCCGGACCGGGCGGCCACUUCGAUUGCGACUACACACACCGUGAUGAGCAUCAAACUCCACUGGCCAGCUGCCCCUUUGCCUUGUACUAUCGACCACCGGCAGAGAGCAGCACCGUAGCAAGGAGUACCUUUGAGCACUGCUACAACUUGGAUGCGAAAGUCGGUCUAGUCUUAGAGUGGGAUUUGGAUGAGAAGGCGUCGCUGCUUCAUGUACAGAUCUCUGCACUCGCAGAGGCAGCAGACUAUGUGUCAGUUGGGUUCCGGCCGCUGGGUGGCUCAUCCAGCGGAGAAGCAAGAAGGGCAGGGACGGGUCGGGAACAGCGCUUCGGAAUGCGUGGCGCAGACAUUGUUCUGGGGCACUCAGCAAGCUCAGCAGACUCAGCAGGUGUGGAGCGGUACUAUGCCAGUGCGUACUCGGGAGCUCCGGGUCCCGAUGAGUCCUUGGAGAUUUGGAAUGCCUCAGUCGAGAGGCGAGGUGGACGCAUCGCUUUAGAAUUCCGGAGACCGUUGGUGAGUGGCUAUUUGUUCGCAAAGCAUGGCAUUAAUGCGUCUAUCCUCUCCGACCUGUCAGACAUGAUGUGGGCUGUUGGGCGGUGGGAUGAGGCGAAUCAGGUGCCGUCCUACCAUGGUGCACUGCGUGGCUGGAGGGAGGUCAACUGGACAGAUCCUGAGUUCGACUCUCGCCCACUCCUUUCCCUGCGUCCGUACAGGUGUGGCAUGGUGCUCUACCCCUGA